AUGUUUAAGAAAUUCACUAAAGAAGAUGUUCAUACGCAAACAAAUGUUAAAUCGUCGGUUCAGAGAGCGCUGAAGGCAAAACUCGUGGAUGAGUAUCCUAAAUUAGAAUCUGUGAUUGGUGAUUUGGUGCCGAAAAAGAGCUCGGUCGUUCUCUAUAGAUGCGAGGACAAGAUCCAGCUUUAUGCAGUGGACAAAGAGGUGAUGUUUUAUCAAAACUUCGAUGAACUACUACCUGCUUUGAGAAUGGUCCACAUGCAUCCCUCAUGUUUCCCUAGGGUGCAAGUCGAUCGUGGUGCCAUUAAGUUUAUUCUUUCUGGUGCUAAUAUUAUGUGUCCAGGUCUCACUUCCCCCGGUGCAAAAUUGCCCGAUGAAGAUUGGCCAGAAGGCACUACAGUGGCAGUCUAUGCAGAAGGUAAGGAGAAUGCCUUGGCUAUAGGAAAACUUCUUAUGAGUGUCGACGAAAUUAAGAAGGUUAACAAGGGUAUGGGAAUUGAGUUGAUUCACUACCUCGGUGACGGUUUAUGGGACUUUAACGUUGAUUAA